AUGCCUCUACGCGCCAAGGUGACCAACCCUGCUUUUGGGGCAACUGCUUCGAUGUCGACAUCAGCAAUUCCCAAAGAACAACCGGGAGAUGAAGCCGAUGAUGUUCUCUUCAACUCCCUCUACGGUCUCCGCAGCGUUGAGCUCAACCGCCCGAAGAAGCUCAACUCCCUCAAUGGCUCUAUGGUCCGCAAGAUUUUUCCUCGGCUAAAGGAGUGGGAGAAAUCUCAUUUGGCGAACAUCAUUCUCAUCUCCGGCGCAGGCUCCAAAGCUCUUUGUGCAGGAGGUGAUGUCGCGGCAUUGGCACUACAGAACGAGAAGGGACCUAGGGGACAACGCGCGUCGACAGAUUUCUUCGGACUCGAAUACGGACUGGACCACUUGAUCGCUACAUACUCUAAGCCCGUUAUCUCUUUCAUGGACGGAAUCACUAUGGGCGGAGGUGUCGGCUUGAGUAUGCAUGCCCCAUUCCGAAUUGCGACCGAGAAGACCGUUUUCGCUAUGCCCGAGACAACCAUUGGUUUCUUCCCCGACGUGGGUGGCUCGUUCUUCCUGCCACGCUUGGAUGGCGAGACUGGUACCUACCUCGCUUUGACUUCCGAGCGCCUCAAUGGCGUACAGGCUUUGUACUCUGGCAUUGCCACUCACUAUCUUCACUCUAGCGUCCUCGCCAACGUGACACAGCGUCUUUCCGAGCUGACCUUCGCCGACAACCUCGGCCUCCAAGAGCGCUUGGAUGCCGUCAACAAAACCAUGGCUGAGUUCUCACUUGGUCUUCCAUCUCUUCAAGAGGAGCCUAUUCUCCUUGCUGGUGGUAUCCGUGCCGCCAUCGACCGCUGCUUCCAGUUCAACGAGGUGGAGGGGAUCUUCGCCGCUCUGGAGAAGGAGCAAGAACAAAAGGAGUGGGCACAGAAGACCUUGAAGACCUUGUCUUCCCGCUCUCCAACCUCUCUCAAGGUGACUCUGCGCCAGCUUCGCCUUGGAAAGAAGUGGGGAAUCACCGAGACCUUCCAGCGUGAACAUGAUAUCGCUGCCAACUUCAUGCGCCACCCCGACUUCGUGGAGGGUGUUAAGGCCCGCUUGAUGUCCAAGCCUCCCCGCCAGGCUGAAUGGAGCCCGGCUACUUUGGAUAAGGUUACAACUGACAUUAUCGAUAAGUUCUUUACCGCUCCCGAGGACCAAGAAAAAUUGCAGCUGUUCAGCGAGGGCGACUACCACCAAUAUCCCCACCAGCGAUUUGCGCUUCCUAGCGAAGGUGAAAUUGAAGCAUAUGUACGAGCCAGGCGACGUGGGACCGACGAGGUGAUCAACCACUUCGUAGAGGAGUCGGGCCACAAGGAGGGUGUCGCCGAGAAGGUAUCAGAGGUGCUGGGUCGGCGAUUGAAGAAGGAAGGAGGCGAAUGGAAAUGGAUCUAA